AUGGCCCAGGUGGUUGGGAUGGCAACCAUUGAUCACGAGUAUGCCGGGAUUAGAAAAGCUGUCGCUUACAGCACCAAACUCAUCGUGUCCUCUGUGUUCUUCGUGUGUGUCGUCCUCCUCGCCGGAGUUCUAACAGUGGUCGACUGGGUGCCGGGGUUGCCGGCGGACAUGCGCCUGCGCGACUUCGGCAGCUUCAUCCGCACGACGGACCCCGACGACGCCGUGCUUGCCAUGUACGUGUCCUACAUGGAGUGCCUCCGGACCACGCCGUCCGCCGUCGUCCUCAACACGUUCGACGAGCUGGAAGGCGAGGUCGUCGCCGCCCUGUCGCGCCUCCUGCCGCCGGUCUACACGGUCGGGCCGAUCCCGCGGCUCGCCGCCGCGCACGUCGCCGGACGCGGCCCGGUCGACGCGCUGGGGGCGAGCCUCUGGCCGGAGGACAGCCGCUGCCUCGAGUGGCUCCGGGGCAAGCCGCCUCGCUCCGUCCUGUACGUCAACUUCGGCAGCAUCGUCGUCGUGACGAGGGAGCAGCUAGUGGAGCUCGCGUGGGGCCUCGCCGCAAGCGGCCACCAGUUUCUCUGGGUGAUUCGAGACGACCAAGCCAAGAACGGCGGCGGCGGCGACCCAGCCGACAUGUUCCCGCCGGAGUUCGCGGAGGCGGCCGCCAAGGGCCGGUGCUACCUGACGAGGUGGUGCCCCCAGGAGGCGGUGCUCCAGCACGACGCCAUCGGGGCGUUCCUGACGCACUGCGGGUGGAACUCCAUGCUCGACGGCAUCUGCAACGGCGUGCCGAUGCUGUGCUACCCGCUCGGCGCGGACCAGGAGACGAACUGCCGGUACGCUCGCACGGAGUGGCGCAUCGGCGCGGAGGUCGGCGAGAGCAUAGAGCGGGAAGCGGUGGCGAGGAUGGUGAGGGAGGUGAUGGGAGAAGAUCGUGGGAAGGAGAUGAGGCGGCGCGCCAUGGAGUGGAAGGAGAAGGCGGCCAUGGCGGUAGCACCUGGUGGUAGUUCAUGGGUCAACUUGGAAAAGUUGGUCAAGGAGAUGUUUCUCUCCACAGAUUAAUAUUAAUAUAUGCAUCAUAUGUGUUUAGUACUACAUUGUUGCGAGAUUUAUAAGCCUUCACCACUUCUGUGUCAUUGGAUUGAUCGGGGCGAGUGUUUUACGAGAAAAGACGAAUGCUAUAUUUAUAAACAAAAAAUAAUUUAUGAAUAAAAAUUUUAGAUCCAUCAAUCGAGCAGGUUACUGGUUUUUUAGAAUUCGUCGCUUCGUUCAUCCCGUGCCGUGAGAUAUACAUGUGAUGCCAUUCACCCCAUGGCGUUUUGAACUGCACCUAGCCACCUACUCUACUUGGGCUUUCCAAUCUAGGCGGUGGACCAAUAAUUAUGUUUACAUAUUUAGAAUUAUUACUGGGUUGGCUUCUUGUUGGACUUGGUACUGCAUCUUUUGUACAUAAAACUUUUGAGCUCAAAAUUUCGAUAUAUUAAACUGCUUCAAUUAUUCCCCACAAAAAGAAAACUGCUUCAAUUAUUAUAUUUUUUAGGUUACACUGCAUAUGUGCUAUACAUGUUUGUUUGGUUGUUUGUAUCAAUCUAGCAUGAACCAUACGAGUUAUUCAGGCUGACAUGUAUGAUCGCAUAAAAUAUCGACAUAUCGUACCUCCAUGCCGUAUCCACCUAUUAGAUAAUGCAUUUAGUUCAUAUCAAAAUUAUGAUCUACAGAGAAAAUAGGAAAAACCGACAUGUUGUGUUCUAUAAAAUGGUGUGAU